CUGUUAACGUUACCUCAUGAAAAUAAACAUUGCUACCGCUCGAAGCUCGAACACACCUGCAUUUGUUUUGCUGUGAAUAUUAGACAAAAUAUUGAAAAGUUAUGAAGCGGCAUCUCCAAUUGAGCAUAAAACAACUCUCGACAUGCUACGCGGAAGGAAGUAUUUCGCCAGGUUUGGUCGUCGACCACUCGUUGGAUGAUGCUGUGAAAUUGAAGCAUUUGAAUGCUUUUAUACGUUUGUCACCCGAAAAAUCCUUACAUCAAGCAAAAGAGUCCAACUAUCGUUAUGAGAACAAAAAACCACUCGGAAUACUUGACGGUGUUCCUAUUGCGAUAAAGGAUAACUUUUGUACAAAAGACCUAAACACGACAUGUGCAUCUAAAAUGCUGGCAAAUUUUGUUCCUCCAUUUAAUGGAACUGUGUGCGAACGGCUGUUAACCGCAGGAGCGGUGUUAAUAGGUAAAACGAAUAUGGACCAAUUCGCUAUGGGCUCUGGAACGGUGGAUUCUAUUUUCGGACCAACAAAAAAUGUAUGGAGCCGAGAUUUGAGCGAUGGAAAGUGGCAUAUAACUGGUGGAAGCUCAGGUGGAUCUGCGACGGCCGUAGCUGCAGGAAUUUGCUAUGCCGCUAUCGGAUCAGAUACUGGUGGUUCUACACGUAACCCUGCAUCAUAUUGUGGUGUUGUUGGCUUAAAGCCCACGUAUGGACUCGUAUCACGUCAUGGUCUUAUCCCUCUGGUUAAUUCCAUGGACGUACCAGGCAUUUUUACACGUAGUGUUAGUGAUUGCGUGGACGUACUUAACGCAAUCGCUGGCCCAGAUGCUAAAGACUCCACCACAUUGAGGAAACCUUUUCGAAACAUAAACAUACCACACUUUGGAGAUAUUGAUCUUCGCAAUAUACGGAUUGGUAUACCAAAAGAAUAUCAUUGCGAGGGGCUCUCCGAGGAGGUUUUAGAAACAUGGAUGAAAGUGGCCGACUUAUUGGAAGAUGGUGGGGCACAUGUGCAGCAAGUUUCACUGCCAAAUACGGCGGCAAGUAUCUUCGUUUACUCCAUAUUGAAUCAGUGUGAGGUGGCGAGCAAUAUGGCACGUUACGAUGGCAUUGAAUAUGGACAUCGCGCUGACAAUGAAAGCAGCACGGAAGAAUUAUAUGCAAAAACUCGUGCUGAAGGUUUCAAUACGGUAGUGAAGACACGCAUACUAACUGGAAACUAUUUUCUACUGCGUAAAAACUAUCAGAAAUAUUUCGAAAAAGCACUGCGAGUUCGAAGACUAAUAUCUGAUGACUUUAAACGUGUAUUUGAAACGCCGCAAGACGGCGAAAAUGUAGUGGAUGUGUUGCUCACCCCCACCACACUAACUGAUGCUCCAUUGUAUAGCGAUUUUGUGUCGCUAAGUAAUCGUGAUCAGUGCGCAGUGCAAGACUUCUGCACACAACCUGCUAAUAUGGCAGGCGUACCAGCAAUUUCCAUACCAAUACGCCUUUCACAACGUGGACUACCAAUCGGCUUGCAAUUGAUGAGUCGGUCACUAAAUGAGGAAAUGUUGCUACGCGUGGCUAGUUGGAUAGAAUCGCAGGUGGAAUUCGAUGCCUUAGCUAAUGAACAAAUUUAUGCAGCACGCAGUUAAAAAUAAUUACAAAGUUACUCAGCGCCGUUAUUGGAGUUAUAGUUUAAAUUUUAUUGU